UGAAACUUAACACAGGGAGGAAGUCCACAGGGAAGGACACGCACUCUCACUAGGAGGGAGUAGGCAUAGGAACCGUUGAGCAGAGGGAACGCUCCGCAACCUGAAGACAUGGCCGCCGUCUCUGUUCCAAACAGUGACUCCGCGCUGGAGAAGAAUCUAACCUGCUCCAUCUGCAUGGAUAUAUUUACCGACCCGGUCACGACGCCUUGUGGUCACUCUUUCUGCAGGACGUGCCUAGAGCUCAGCAUCUCCCCGUAUCGGGUGAACGACAUGUGUCCGCUUUGCAAAAAACACCUCAACAAACCUCCAGACGUUAGCAUUGUGCUAAGAGACAUCGCCACGCAGAUGAAAAGCGCGAUUAGCAACAGGAGUUCGGGGGCGCCGGGGGAGGUACCGUGUGACGUCUGCAAGGAGCCGAAGCAGAAGGCGACAAAGUCCUGCCUUGUGUGUCUCGCCUCGUAUUGCCCAGACCACUUGGAGAACCAUUCGAAUCCAAGGCUGAAGGGCCACAAGCUGGUGGAACCAGUGGAGAACUUGGAUGAAAGGGCCUGCCUAGUCCACGGACGCCCGCUUGAGCUGUACAGUAGGAAUCGGCAGCGGAGCAUCUGUGUUCGAUGUAUGGAAGGAGGUCAGGAUGAAGUGGUCUCCAUGGAAGAGGAAUGGCUCAAGAAGAAGACUGAACUGGAGAACACCAAGAAGGACUUAGAAGACAGAAUUGGAAUAAGAAAGACAAAGAUGGAUGAGAUAAACAAAGCUCUCAAGGAUUGCAAGGACCUGAUUGAAAACGAGUGGUGGGAUAUCGAAGCGGUUUUCACAGCGCUGAUUGCCAUUGUGGAGGCAGCCCAGAAGAAAGCUCAUAAGCCACUAGAGAGCAGGAGGGAGGCAAUGGAAAAAGAAGCCAAAAACCUGAACGAUGAGCUGGAAGGCGAAAUCAACAAAAUUGAGAAAACAAUCUCAGAACUAGACGAUAUCUCAUCACUAGAAGAUCACAUUCUUUUCUUACAGAGAUACCCGUCUCUGUCAGAUAACGAUAACAUGACUGACUGGACGGAUGUUGAACUUGACACCAGCCUGUCUUUUGGCUCCAUGAGAGAAACUACAACAACCAUGGUUAAAAAAAUUCAGCAGGAGCUGAAGAAGCUGGACUCCACUGAACUCAAAAGACUUCCAACGUUUUCUGUGGACAUAAAGCUGGACCCAGAGACCGCACACCAACGCCUCGUACUUUCACCGGAUGGGAAGAAAGUGCAAGAUGGAGGGGAAAACCAGGAAGUGGCUGAUUCUCCUGAGAGGUUUGAUGUGUUUGGUAGCGUCCUGGGACUUAACAGCUUGACUACUGGGAAGGCUUACUGGGAGGUGGAGGUCAACAACAAGAGCGGAUGGGAUCUAGGUGUAGCCAGAGGCAGCGCCGACCGUAGAGGAAAAUUGACGCUGAGCCCAGAAAACGGUUACUGGGUUCUGGUACAUUAUGAAGCGGAGAACUACGCCGCCAUGACAGCACCACCCACCCGUGUCUCCCUUGAUGAGAAACCUGAUAAAGUCGGGGUGUUUGUGGACUACGAGGAAGGCCUUUUGUCCUUCUACGACGUAACAGCGAAAUCUCACAUCUACUCGUUCACCGAGUGUUUGUUCAAAGACGAGCUCCACCCGUAUCUCAGCCCACAUGUGAAACAGGAAGAGACGAACUCUGAGGCUAUGGUUAUUUCUACUGGAAAUUACUUUGAAUUUGAUGAAGAAUGAAAGUGUUUGACUUCCAUUUGUGUUUAAACAUUCCAGUGGAUGUGAGUGAUUUCAAAACUUGCAUUUGUUCAGCAGAAGACUGGGGGGAAAAAAAUCAUAAUAAAUUGCCACAAAGAAAUUAAUGGGGAAUUUUUUUGUUAAAUUAAGUAAGAAAGAAAGAAGUAAGAUGUUUGCCAUUACACUUAAAACCACUUACAUGUUUCAAGUUUUCAAUAAAACUAGCUAAGCUACUAAAACAGUUUUUAAAUGAGGACACACACGCUAACUAGCUAAACCACGCCUACUUUCAUCCUUUCCUACUCAAAACAAACCAUUUUUAGCUCUUGUGUGUAAACCACUGGAAGUAAUUGGAUGUACUUUUAUUUUCUUUUGCACUGUAAACUUUUUUAAACUGAAAAAUAUUCAAGAUAAAAAUUCAUAAAACUGACUCAUUCAAUAUAGUUUUAUAUGAAUCCAUCCAUCCAUUUUCUAACACCCUUGUCCCUAGUGGGGUCGGGAGGGCUGCUGGUGCCAGCUAACGUUCCGGGCGAGAGGCGAGGUUCACCCAAGUGGGUUCUCGGCCCCCUUCGAGCUUCCUAGCAUCCCCUCUGAGUUUCCUAGCGUCCCCUCUGAGCUUCGUAGUCCCCCUUCUGAGUUCCCUAGUGUUCCUCCCGAGCUCCCUAGUGCCCCUAGUGUUUCUUUGUCACCCUCUAGUGCUCCCAUUGUCCCUUCAUUGUUCCCCAACGCUCCGUCUGAGUCUCGGCCUCCUAGUGUCCCUCCCAAGCCUCAGCCUUCCAGAGACUCUUCGCUGCUGCCUCCCAGAGACUCCUUGCCGCCACCUCCUGGUGGCCCCAGAGCGCCCCUGCGCCGACGUUGCCCACCGGAACCGCCUCCAAGCACCCCUGCGCCGCGGACGUCCUCCGGACAUUCCCCAUGGGUUCCGCCUCCUGCGUCUCCGCCCACCCUGGUUGGGCUGGUUCCUUUUGUUGUUUGGACUCUAGCCCUUCCUGUGCCUCCGCCCACCUUGAUGGGUUGUUUAUUGUUGUUCUGGACUCUGGCCCCCCAUCCAACGCCCCUCCGCCCACCCUUGUGUUUUUUUGGGC